CAGAAAACGAAUCCCACGAUCUGAUUUUUCGCAGUCGCCAUCAUCAGCUCGUCGCAUGUGGCUCGCACAUGCUUAACAAACUCGUAACGGCAUGAUCUCCACAAUUAGAUCCCAUAAGUUUAGGAGAAUAAGAAAGGCAUGAGGUGGGAGUUCUUAUUUGGAGGAGGAGAAAGGUAUGAGGUGUGAGGUGUGACUUUUUAUUUUGAGGGGAUUAUCUCCAUGAGAUAUCGGUGUUCAUCUAUCGACUCUAUGUAAUGAUAGGGUGGGUGGACAUUGGAAAAAUCUUGUCCGCGAUAGCACCGCUCUAUUUCGCCCUUGUAUUGGGGUACUGCUCUUCCAAGCGGUGGUGGCGAAUCUUCACGGCAGAAGAUUCCGAAGCAAUAAUGGUCGCUUGGUUUGCUCUUCCCUUUUUCACCUUUGAAUUUACGCUCCACCUUGAUCCCUACAAUGUGAGGUACAGCCUUAUAGCAGCUGAUAGCAUAUCGAAGUUAAUUAUAGUCAUCGUAAUCGGCAUUGGUGUUGGGUUAAUAUUCCGGAAAGAGGGAUUAUGCACCGCUGUCAUCGACUGGUGUAUAAGCGGCUUUUCUCUUGCGUCACUCACCAAUUCUCUGGUUGUGGGCGUGCCCAUGGCGAGGGCCAUGUAUGGCAACUGGGCAGGGCAAGUCGUGGUACAACUAUCAAUCUUCCAGGCAAUAGUGUGGCUCACCUCACUCAUGGUGGUCCUGGAAGUAAGGAAAGCUUUCGUCUCCGACGCUCAUGACGAGUCUAAUAGACAUGAAGAAGGGUCCUACAUAGAUGAUGAUACGGUUGUCGGUGGCUCGGGUACCAGCGAAGAUAUGCAAAGCCUCGAAGAGGGGGUUUCAGAUGCCACGAACCAAGAUCUCAAGGGGGAGGAGGCAGUGACAGUGGCAGGGGUGAAUGGUGCUAGGUUACCGCUCUUCAAGUCGGUGGCACGCAAGUUAGCCUGUAAUCCCAAUCUACACGCCAGUGUAAUCGGCAUCUCCUGGGCUUGCAUCUCCAAUAGCAGGUCGCACCUCACUUUGCCACCAGCUUUGGAGGGGUCGGUGCAAAUAAUGUCAAGAUCAGGGCUGGGGCUGGCUAUGUUCAGUAUGGGCUGCAAUACCUCAGUCUAUUUCAUCCUUCAUAUUUGCCAAGGAAUAUGGAUUGCAUGCAGACGUCCUGAGUACAGCGGUGUUUUUGGGCAUGAUAAUGUCCCUACCAUUCAUGGUGGGACUAUAUAUACUUUUGGAGGAAAUAUGAUUAUAUAUCUGGUUGACAAGGACAUAUACUUUUGGAGGAAAUGUGAUUAUAUAUUUGGUUGAUAAGGUCAUAUACUUUUGGAGGAAAUAUGAUUAUAUAUCUAGUUGACAAGGACAUAUGCAUCGGUAUCAUCUAGGAGCAGACAAGGAUUAUCACCAUGGAUAAUGUAAUCUAUAUUAUACUCAUUGAAUAGUUUGUUCAUGAAAUCUUCAGUCAUGGCAUAAGGUGCAUCUUGAAUGAUAUCGUGCACCCAUUUUACAGCACGGACAAUUAUCAACCUACAUACCAGAAAAGAAAACAUUAAAAAAUCAUUCUAAAUAAAAUGAGAUUUUUUUUUUGUGUGGAAAAUAUGGGAAAGAAAAAAAACUGCAAGCCUAAAAGAACAAAAAUGCCUGAACUUCCAUACUGCCUGGGGGUCACACGUAAGGUUGGUAACACAGCUAAAAAUAAAAAGAGAAAAAAAAACUAGAAUGUGAUACCUAAGAGCAUCACCAACAGCAUCUUGAUAUCAUUCCCUGUGUGGUAUUCCGGGGAUUUUGAUCAAAAAUUGCUUGCUGCUAGUUGGUGCUUUGUUGCCUGCUAGAAUUGCUGGUGUACAUGUAGAAAACUGGGGGUGCACGUGUACCAGUCAGGUUGAUCUGCCGGCAUGGUACUGCGUGGAGAGGGGCGACGAAGGGGCACGUGCGAGAGCGUGAUCUCGUGAGAGCGACGAGUGGAAACUAAUUUCUGUUGGAAGUUUUCUAAGGGCUCAGUCUUUUUGUUUUUAGGAAAUCAAUUAUAGCUAAUCUGUUGCAGGAAUAAAAAUUUUAACACCUCAAAUCUUGUUUAGAAUUACCAUAACUGAAAUGUUGGGGAUAGAAUUUUAGGAUGCUUUUGAUGAUGCUCUAAGCUGCCAUCCCAAAUACAGUUUUUCCUAAACUACACGCUACAUUCUGCAAGAGAAACACGAUUUGGUUUGAUUUGGUUUUCACAGUCGCUUCCGCGGUCGCCAUCAUCAGCUUGUUGCAUGUGGCUUGCGCAUGCUUAAUAAAUUCGUAAUGGCAUGAUCUCAACAAUUAGAUCCUUAAGUUGGGGUGAUUAGGAAGAAAGCGAAUCCCACAA